AUGCUCCAAACCGCCAUCAACAGAGACAAGGGAUUGUUCCACCACCUGCAGAACCACAACUUUGAGAUCAAGCUGGGAAUGAUCAACCUUGUGCAGAACAAGAUGUUCCAUGGAUUGCCAAGUGAAGACCCCAUUGACCACCUUGAUGAGUUUGAUAGGUUAUGUGAUUUGACAAAGAUCAAUGGUGUCUCUGAAGAUGCCAUCAAGCUGAGACUCUUUCCUAUGUCUCUAGCUGACAAAGCUCACCAAUGGGAGAAGAGCUUGCCCCAUGGCACAAUCACCACUUGGGAUGAAUGCAAGAAGGCCUUUCUUGCUAAGUUUUUCUCCACCGGUCGCACAGCCAAGCUAAGGAGUGAGAUAUCAGCUUCAUACAGAGGAACAAUGAGACUUUUCUGA